AAGCUGCAAAUUCUCUGAAAAAAAUGGAGCAUGUUUCAGAGUGCGGCACCCCUUUCAAAAACAAGUCGUUUGCAUCGUUCGUGCUGAGGCAUGGCUUGAACAAAUACUUCAAAGGAACAUCAGAAGAAGAAUUUAAAAGACUUCUGGGCGAAAAAGUUAGUAAAUCAAGCGCUAGACUACCGGUCAAAUUUCCCAUGGCAAAUAGUGCUCUGCCAGAUAAUUUUGAUUCACGUCGGAAGUGGCCGCAGUGCAGAUGGAUGAAGUUCAUCAGAGACCAGUCAAACUGUGGUUCUUGUUGGGCUGUUGCUAGUGCCUCAGUAAUGUCUGACCGUCAAUGUACAUUUUCAGGCGGUAGCGUUCAACCAUAUAUAUCAGAUGAGCAUAUUUUGGCAUGCUGCACUGGUGUAUGUGGUUCGGGGUAUAUUUGUACGUGCUACCCCAAAACGAAACUAAACAAGUGCGUCUAUUCUAGGUGUAAUGGAGGCGAUAAAGCUGAGGCAUUUGCAUACUGGAAGAAAAACGGCGUUCCUACUGGCGGCCCUUUUGGCUCUACUUUUGGCUGUCAGCCAUACAGUAUUCAGUGCAAAGGUUGCCCAAUGGCUCCAACGCCAAAAUGCACUGAUCAGUGCAUACCUCAAUAUCGUAUUCCCUUUGAGCAAUCAGUGUUUUAUGAAUCUUGCCUUAUCCUCGAUACUAUGAGUUUAGGAGCGGAAAUAUACCAUGUUCCUAGAAGUGACGUCAUGAUUAUGCACGAAAUGUAUAAUAAUGGACCAGUAACGGCAUCUUUCAUCGUUUAUGAAGAUUUUACGUACUAUAAAAAAGGAGUAUAUAAACACAUGUGGGGAAAGUACAGUGGCAGGCACGCCGUAAGAGUGAUUGGCUGGGGAGUGGAGAAUUCGAACGGUACAGACCUUCCAUACUGGUUGAUCACGAAUUCAUGGAAUACCACUUGGGGAAUGAACGGAUUAGUUAAAUUUUACCGUGGCGUGAACGAAUGUGGAAUAGAAAAUAACAUAGUCACCGGCAUACCAAGAAUUUACGUCUAAUU